AUGCAGCGUGUACCUCCGAAGAAGAAGCUGGAGAAGAAGGUGGAGAAGCAGCUCUUUGACGCCGCGUCCUUCAGGAAGGACCUGCUGGCGGGCAGGGUGGCGGCGGCCGUAUCCAAGACGACGGUGGCGCCCAUUGAGUGGGUAAAGCUGCUGUUGCAGGUGCAGGCGUCGUCCAAGCAGAUCAGCCCGGAGGCCCAGUACAAAGGCCUCGUGGACUGCCUGGUCCGGAUUCCCCGUGAGCAGGGUUUCUUCAGUUAUUGACGUGGCAAUUUGGCAAAUGUUAUCCGGUAUUUUCCAACACAAGCUCUAAACUUUGCUUUCAAAGACAAGUACAAACAACUGUUCAUGUCUGGAGUUAAUAAAGAAAAACAGUUCUGGAGGUGGUUUUUGGCAAACCUGGCUUCUGGUGGAGCUGCUGGGGCAACAUCCUUAUGUGUAGUAUAUCCGCUAGAUUUUGCCCGAACCCGAUUAGGUGUUGAUAUUGGAAAAGGUCCUGAAGAGCGACAAUUCAAGGGUUUAGGUGACUGUAUUAUGAAAAUAGCAAAAUCAGAUGGAAUUGUUGGUUUAUACCAAGUGUUUGGUGUUUCAGUUCAGGGCAUCAUUGUGUACUGAGCCUCUUAUUUUGGAACUUAUGACACAAUUAAGGGCUUAUUACCAAAACCAAAGGAAACUCCUUUUCUUGUCUCCUUUUUCAUUGCUCAAGUUGUGACUAUGUGCUCUGGCAUACUCUCUUAUCCCUUUGACACAGUUGGAAGACGUAUGACGAUGCAGAGUGGUGCAGCUGAAUGGCAAUAUAAAGGAACUUGAGACUGCUUUGUGAAGACAUACCAACACGAGGGAAUUGGCGCAUUUUUUCGUGGUGCCUUCUCCAAUAUCCUUCAUGGUACAGGGGGUGCUUUGGUGUUGGUAUUAUAUGAUAAAAUUAAAGACCUCCUUAAUAUUGAUAUUGGAGGUAGUUCAUCAGGAGAUUAA